CUGAGACACCCAAAUCUUCUUAUGGCUGUGUGAACGUUUUCCUACCGCCUCUGCGAGAGUCUUUAUUCGGACCACACCGCCGCUAUAGACACCUGGACCUGGCGUGGGUCUCUCCAUGAGAGGAUAUUUAAAACGUUUUGUGGAAUUCCCGGCCUCGUUUCGCCAAUUCUAGGGAGACAUUUGGGUCCUCUCACUUGGCUGUUGUCGCCGUCCUUCGACGGAUAUUUCCUCUCAGCUGUGGGUCUCAGGAGGAGAGGGAGCAAAGAUGCCGAAACCGAUCAACGUUCGUGUGACGACUAUGGAUGCCGAGCUGGAGUUUGCCAUCCAGCCAAACACCACAGGGAAGCAGCUUUUCGACCAGGUGGUGAAGACGGUGGGACUGCGUGAGGUCUGGUUCUUCGGCCUCCAGUACGUGGACAGUAAAGGGUACAUCACGUGGCUCAAGCUCAACAAAAAGGUCACCCAGCAGGACGUGAAGAAGGAGAACCCUCUGCAGUUCAAGUUCCGAGCCAAGUUCUUUCCUGAAGACGUUUCCGAGGAGCUGAUCCAGGAAAUCACGCAGAGACUCUUCUUCCUUCAGGUGAAGGAGGCCAUCUUAAACGACGAGAACUACUGCCCCCCUGAGACGGCUGUUUUGCUGGCGUCCUACGCCGUCCAGGCUAAAUAUGGAGACUACAGCAAGGAUGUCCACAAGCAGGGGUAUCUCACCCACGACAGGCUGCUGCCUCAGAGAGUUCUGGAGCAGCACAAGCUGACAAAGGAGCAGUGGGAGGAGCGGAUCCAGACCUGGCACGAGGAACACAAAGCCAUGCUCAGAGAGGACUCCAUGAUGGAGUACCUCAAGAUCGCUCAGGACCUGGAGAUGUACGGGGUCAACUACUUUGAGAUCAAAAACAAGAAGGGUACGCAGCUGUGGCUGGGCGUGGACGCGCUGGGCCUUAACAUCUACGAGCAUGAAGACAAAUUGACGCCGAAGAUUGGCUUCCCCUGGAGCGAGAUCCGGAACAUUUCCUUCAACGACAAGAAGUUUGUCAUCAAGCCCAUCGACAAGAAAGCCCCUGACUUUGUGUUUUAUGCGCCGCGCCUGCGCAUCAAUAAACGCAUCCUGGAGUUGUGCAUGGGAAACCACGAGCUCUACAUGAGGAGGAGGAAGCCCGACACCAUUGAGGUGCAGCAGAUGAAGGCCCAGGCCCGUGAGGAGAAACAUCACAAACAGAUGGAGAGAGCACAGCUGGAGAGCGAGAAGAAGAAGCGGGAGCAGGCAGAGAAGGAUAAGGAAAGAAUCGAGCGUGAGAAGGACGUGCUGGUGGAGCGACUGAGGCAGAUUGAGGAGCAGACCAUCAAGGCUCAGAAAGAGCUGGAGGAGCAGACCCUCCGGGCUCUGGAGCUGGAUCAAGAGAGGAAGAGGGCGAGGGAGGAGGCGGAGAGGCUGGAGAAGGAGAGACGGACGGCCGAGGAGGCCAAAGCAGAACUGGCCAAACAAGCUGCCGACCAGCAGAAGAACCAGGAGCAGCUGGCAGCUGAGUUGGCGGAGUUCACCGCCAGGAUCGCGCUCCUGGAGGAAGCCAAGCGGAAGAAGGACGAGGAGGCCACAGAGUGGCAGCACAAGGUACAGAGCUGUGUGGCCUGUGGCUUCAGCAGGCUGAGUCUCAUGCCGUCGGUUUCCCAGGCUCUGUCGGCUCAAGAGGAUCUGGAGAAGACCAAGGAGGAGCUGAAGACGGCCAUCAUGGUGGUGGCGCCCCCUCUGGGCAGCCACUCCGAGACGGAGCACGACGAGCAGGAUGAGAACCACGCGGAGGCCAGCGCCGAGCUCUCCAACGAGGGGGUGAGCCAGCUGGACCUGCGCAGCGAGGAGGAGAGGGUCACCGAGGCCCAGAAGAACGAGCGGGUCAAGAAGCAGCUGCAGACGCUGAGCUCCGAGUUGGCCGAGGCUCGGGACGAGAGCAAGAAGACACAGAACGACGUCCUGCACACGGAGAACGUGAAGGCGGGACGAGACAAGUACAAGACGCUGCGGCAGAUCCGGCAGGGCAACACCAAGCAGCGCAUCGACGAGUUCGAGUCCAUGUGAGACGGCCGCCGCUCGCCUAUAUGGACGACACUCGCGAGCCCCGAAAACACUUGCACAAACCGCCAGGGGUCUUCCUUCCUGCCAAACUGCCAAAACUCUGCUUCCCUCGGACCCGUGGCAGAGACGUUGUCCAACCAAAAUAAAGGAUAUAGUUUUGUUUAGAGCGGCCGUAGAGCGCUACUUUUGUUUGGCUGCUGCUUGUGCGCUAAGCUUAGCUUGACGUCAGCCUUCCGGUGUUUCGGGUCUGAUUCACUUUGACUCACCACGUGUGUUCAGACUCCCGGCGGAGCUGGUGACAAGCUCUCAGUGACGUCGCAGUAUUUUCACAGUUUUUACUCGGAACAGGUCGAUAUUGGGAAAACAGCUGCCGGCUGGUGAACGCUGGGUUUUUUAGGGAAGGCAGCACCAGGUGACAAAGGGAAAGCUCCGCCACUGGGUGGCUGCGCUCCACGCUCGGUCACCAGAGAUGGUUUUCUCUGCCUGCCGGCUCACAGAGGCGACGGUCUGACCUCUCUGGCUGGGGAGCUUAUGAAAACAUCGGUCUCAGCUCGGGACCAGUCUCUACCUCAGAUAAAGUUUGCCACGGUGACCGGGGGUGGAGCAGAAAACGCACGAGCUGAGUCGGCACAAAUUGAAGGACAAAAGCCGAAGGGUGUUUUGCACCUCAGUCAAUUCUUCACCUGUAACUCGCACUCAUUUGGGACUAAUCACUCGUUCAGAGUCAAAUUGUUGGUCAGCUGUGGACCUGGGCUCGGCCUUCGUCUUUUGUUGUGGGAGAUAAUCUGUUGAAGACGUGACUCACCUGGAUGUUUUGUUACAUUUCGUGGAGACAGUUUACACUUUUUUUUUUCCAAGUUAAUUUGGUAAGCAGAUGCCAAAACAAUGUUACAUAGUUUCCCCUCAAAUCUUUGUUAAAUAGUGUUUUGGUUUCUUUUUUUUUUUUUUUUGGUCAUCAAAUGGAUGCAUGAACUCCACAUUACUUUUAGGUCAAUUUUAAAGCUAACGUUUGUUCUGCUGGAGCAGGUGAGUCCAGUUUUACUUUACUUGUGUUUAUGUUAAGCAAUAAACUAGCGCCACCGGACCCGCCAGUCAGAGGGGAGCCCUCUGCCGGAGCCGCCCGGUUCUUGUGCUGCUGUCGCUGUUUUGUUUUUGCUGUUCAUUCUUCUGUGAGAACGCCGACGAUCCUUUCAGUGGUUCACUAAUAAAAGUUUUACAUUUUCAACUCCACUA